UCGCUCAACAUUCCUACUCCCCAAGCUCCCUUUUCUAAUACUUCGGCCCCCUUCUCCCUCCGUCUCUGCUCUCAAGAAAGAGAAAAAGGGAGGGGAAGGCGAAGAGUGGAGCGACAGUAACCAAAGCCCUCCUUCCUCUUUAAUUGCGCUGGCUUUUCUUUUUCGCAAGGAACCCGAGCGAGUUUGAAGGAGAGUGAGGGGAGAAGAAGGCCCACGUUCUCGUGGUUGUGCCGUCUCUCCUGCCUUAUCGACCAGGCCAAGAAGAAGCGGCGGCAGCGGCAGACGCAGCGUGUCUUGUGCGAUGGCCAAAGAGUUGGAUGAUGCAGAGUUUUGGCUACCUUCCGAGUUCCUGUGUGAUGAAAUCUUCCUCGGAGGAGGCAACCGCGGAAGGGAAGGUAAAGCCGGCCUCGGGGGAGCUUACUUACCCGGCGAGUUUCCCCUAGGUACGGACGCGAAUCUGGACUCACCUGUGGAGUCGGUGACCGGGACGGAGGAGAGCGACGAGGAGGACUACAUGGCCGGGCUCACGCAGCAGAUGGCUCGUUACUUCCUCCAAGAUGACGAAAAAGACGCCUCCGUUGCUGCAGCGGAAGCUGCGAACAACGCAAAGGUAAAGAAUCCCUUCAGUUGUCGCCAGCGACUAAUUCUUGAGAGGCUUCGGGCCUUGCAUCAGCUGAUUGGUGGGGGUUUCUUGAAGACCAUGGCCGGCUCGCCCCAGUCCACCCUGUGCGCUUGGUCCUCCGCCUCGACCAAGGGGAGCCCAAAUGGACCUUCUCUGGUCUCUUCGCCGCCGUCGUCAUCUCCGCUACAGCAGCAGCGCAUCAGUGAUCCCUGCGACCUUCUCUGUGAGGCUGCAGGACAGGUGAUGCGACUCCGUACCACCGACGAUCUUGGGCGACACCAGGGCCUGAACGAUGUCGGGCUUCUUAGCGUGCCAAAAAAACCGACUCCAGUGGUGACCUCGGUUUCGAAGAACAACGCCGCCGCCGGCUACUAUUCCCCUAAUCACAUCACCCAUCAGCAACUGCAGGCAGCUCAAUUCUACUACCUAAGGCAGCAGCAAGCGAUUAAGCAACAGCUUUCGACAGCCUGGGGGAGGCAGAGCAAAGGUAGAGUCACCGGUGGGGGUUAUGGGGAAGGCAGGUGCGGCCGGACCUUAGAUCUGUCGCCCUCCGCUUGGCCGCCCCUUAGAAAACAUCCUCUGCAACCUUCGCAGCAGCCGCAGCCACAUCCGCCACCGCUUCCUGGAUCCGGGAUGAGAGCCGUGUUCCUCCACACCACGGGCUCGCGGAAAGAGUCCGCCGGCACCGGUGUCUUCCUUCCCCGCACUGCCGGCAACAAGCUGGAGCCAAAGAAGAAGACUGGCUGUUCAACCGUGCUCGUUCCUGACAGGGUGGUUCAAGCGUUGAACCUGAACCUUGAGGAGCUUGCAGCUCAGCCGCGCUUCCCCGGUGGCUUCGUUCUCAGCCACGAUGCACUGAUGGGGCGAAGCGGUGCGGUGCUCGCGCACCAGAAAAAGAACCACCAGCACAUCUCACCGUCCGUCUCCGCUGCAGCUGGCGCUGCAGGUGCGGCCCAUGAGGUCGGACUGCCGCAGGAGUGGAUCUACUGACAGCGUCUACGUACUAGCGCCAUCUUUUUACCGUAACGUAGCUUUUGGUUAGUUUUAGGGUAGGGCGUAGUAGAACCUAUGAAAACCGAAGGAUAUAGAAUUUAGCAGCAGCGGCUGGGAAAUUGUUUUGGGUUUUGGAAGGUGGAAGAGAUGAUGAGCGCCAAAAUCUUGAUGGGGAUGUUUUGGAUGGUAGUGUGUGAGGAAACAAUAAGCCGUGGUUCCGUUUUGGCGGAGGAUUAAGGUGUGGGGAUUUGUUUGUUUCGCAAUAAGAAACCAGGAGAGAUCUUACCUUUUGUGUUCAUCUUGGUGGUGUACCCCUCACCAAGACCGCCUUAAUUCUCUUCCUUUUUUGCAGCCUUCUAUUUUAUCUGUGUGUGGGGGGGUGGGGGGGGGCACAGAGCACUAGAAAAUGGGCUGCAGGUGUCUAACAAAAUAAACGGGCUCCGUUUCGUUGUUUUGUUGUUGUUGUGCAACUCUCUUUGUUUCUACAAUCUCUCUUAUGGUUGGAUAGGAGAAUGUAGUAAAACCAACUGGCUUCUCUUCGACUGUACUGAAUGAAGUCAAAUGAAAUAUGGUUUGUUACCCCGAAAUGAAAGUUUGCUGUUCGUGUUGA